CACUGCGCUCACGCUAUCAGUGAGGGAGAAUUAAAGCCCGUGGAAAAGACAUACAACGACAACAGAAGUAGGAGGAUAACAAAUCAUAAUGAGACCUCAAUGGAGCAAUCCAAACAGCUCUCCUGCAGUGGACCGGUUUGCUCUAUGAGCACGCGAAACCGUGACUGGACCGAGGAUGUGUCUUAACGUGAGAACAACAAGGCUUUAGCAUCUACAGGCGUGGAAAUAUGAGAUGAACGCAGGCUGGGGUGGACCGACCGGAAGAUGGGCAAAUUAGCAAAUUAAGUGCUACUCCUCCGUGGAUAUUUUGACGUUUCCUGUGCGAGACCUUCCCUGGCCUCUGUAACGCUAUGUGGAAAUGGACACACAAUACCUUUUUUUUAUACAAGUAAUGCUUUGCAGUGCUCCUGUUAGGUUCAGUUAAACAACAACAUGCGCUGGCGUUAUUAGUGAUUAUCAUGUAACGUUCACUGGAAGCUGUAAUUUAAGCUGCAUGUGAUCUUUGCGUUGAUUUGAUCAUAAUCAGAUGGUUUUAAUGAAAAACAACAACACAACGGGAUAUUUCUGCUAUUUGACAUUUGCCUCAGGGUUUUACAAGCCGUCGAUACUUGUCAACAUGCAUGUCAAUGUGGUUUCAAACCCUCCUGUUUCAGUCAGCUGUCUCAGUAGAGACUUGCUAUGACAGACCAGCAAGUCCACUUAAAUCCCAGAGCAUGUUGAUGAACUGGACUGACCGGCAUCGGCGGUGGGAUCAGACAGAAAUUAAGCUACCUCUCUUUAUGACAGCAGGAUCCAGGACCAUCUCCAGCUCUGCAGCCAGACACGGAGCAUUCCUCUUGGGUUUUUUUGUCGGAUAUUACGCAGAACCAACAGCUGGGGCAGCUUAAGUUUAAAGAGCAAAAGUCCCACCUCCGUUUAUCCGGUUUACUCUAAUUUACAGUCAAACACGUGAGUUAUUUUUUUUUUUCUAAAGAGAUACAACGUUUGGCAGACGUGGUCUAUGUUCUCUUAAAAUCCCUCUCUAAACAUGAGUAUUUUUCCAGUGGGAGAAGUGAAGCUGGGGUGUUUCAGUGGUAAACUUCCACAGCAGCUGUUACCCACACUGAAAGAUGAGACUUUCGAUAUUAGCAUGCUUGUAGUUUUGCCAACACCCUUCCCAGGAAAUGCAAUGCAUUAAUUCCCUCCAGUUGCCACAUUGUAAAUAACUCUGGACAUAUUUUCUAUCACGAGCUCUAUGCCAUCAUUGAUUACGAUCAGCUGUCUCUAUGGAUCACAAUGUUACAGUUUCUGAACCUUACAUUUUCUGGAAGUUGUCUUCAAGUGAAGGAAGGAUGAAGCAGGCAUGAGACUACACAGACUUGGAAGAUGUGUCACUAGGAAUGUGGGAGGAAAUAUGAGUGGCAAUACACAGGACGUGGAGGAGAGUGUUACAAGUUUAAAGUCUACAAGAGAGAGAAUUACAAAAUUUGCUGUGAGAAAAUAGUAUUUUCUUCUCUCUGAGACCCACUGCUGUAUUUGAAUCAGCUCUCCAGGUGUCCAAUUACUACUUGAUUUGAGAACUUCUCCCCCUGUGCACUGUGGGAUAUCCAACCUGAUCUGCAUCUCUAGCCACCUGCAAGUUCUGCACACUUUUAAAUACCCUUGCCUUCGAUUCUGGCAGAAGAAAAUUCUUCAAAAUCUGUCAACAGGAAGCUUUACAUGAUAAAGGUUGUUGUUGUGGUCCAAACAACCCCUUUCUUUAGGGUCUCUCAGUGUGUUUCUCUUUGAAAGGAACUGUGGAUUCCUUGUCAAGUUCUGCAUUCUAGGGAGAACCAAAACAAACUGACCCCCCACUAUCAGAGAGACUUAUUCCCUGUCACUGUGGUGAUGGGGAGCUCAGCCUCAUCUCUCACUGCAGAAACAGAGUCCGACCAUGGCUUCCGCAGCACCCCGUACCCGUCCUCCCCCCCUGUGGGCUGGCUCAGAAACAGCCACAGCAGUCCCGUGUGGGGCACCACCUUCAUCGCACGUCAGCAGCAGCACCCACUGCCUCACCGAGAGCGCAGCCACUCUCACUCUCCUGGCUCCAUGGCAGCAGCAGUGCGAGGCAGCGAGUGGUCUUGUGGACGAUGCACCUUUCUAAACGCCGGCGCAGCGCCUCGCUGCUCCAUCUGUGAGGCGCCGCGCCAGAAACCUGACCUCAACCAGAUCCUGCGGCUGAGCAGCACUGAGGAGCACCGCUGGGCAUGUCCCCGCUGCACGCUUAACAACCCGCAGGGAUCUGGAGCCUGCACUGUCUGCGGUUUCGGACCAUCCCCAGCCACUCACACGCCCCCUACCACUACCAUUGCUUCGACUGCCAACGGCCUCCCACCCGUUCCAGUUGAACCUCUGACAACUAUUGUUACCCCCACAGUUCUACUUGAGCCACAUGGACAGCAGCAGGCAAAGGAGGAGGUGCUUCGGCGAUCAGAAAGCAAUGGAGAGGUGUCUGGUCUGGAAGGCCAUCACUCUGGGUGGGCCUGCCCCCGCUGCACUCUCCAUAACACCCCUGUAGCUCUAUCAUGCUCAGCCUGUGGUGGACCCAGGAAACUUUCUUUGCCUAAAAUCCCCCCUGAAUCACUUGUGGUGCCUGAGGUGCGCACACCUGUGCUGGGGUUUCCUGUCCACACAGCAGGGGCUGCCCCUCUACUCAUAGACCUCACAGAUGACUCUCCCCCAGCACCUCCGUGUGAUCCUCAAGAACCCCCCCAAGUUCCCUCACAGAUCCUCUCCUCCCCUUUUCCUUCUUUCUCCUCCUCACUCCAAAACAACCCUGUACCCCGCAGUAGGAGAGAGGUGCCUCCUCCAGGGCGCCCGCCAAACCCGGGAACCAACACUCCCAGUCCCACCUCCCCUUCUGCGACCAGCGUGCCCCCCCAGCCUGGCCCACAGCGGCCUGCCAAGCCUAAACACGCCCAACCCCAGGAGCCCUCUUACCCCAGCAAGCGCCUCAGUAUCUUAGAGGAAGAAGACUCUCAGCACCAUCCACUAACCCCCCAUCUCGCUGUGGCUUCCUCAGCGGCCCCCACCUGGAAGUGCCCUAGCUGCUCGUUGCCCAACCCCGGCAGCUCGUCAAAGUGCGAGGCUUGCCGAUCAUCACGUGCUGGUGCUGACCUUAUUGACCUCAUGGGCUGUGAGACGGUACGAUUCACCCCGGCCAGCCCCUCCAGUCCGGACUUUAGCACCUGGGCCUGCUCCAAGUGCACGUUGCGCAACCCAACCGGUGCUCCAAAGUGCUCUGCCUGUGGUUCCUCCAAACUACAUGGCUUUCAGGAACAGCAGGCUCUGCUGCCCCGCUGCUGUUCAAACUGUGGUACUGCAUCGUGCUCCUGUACACCUGCCUCCUCUUCAUCCUCCUCGGCUCAUAAAACACGGAAACUAGCCCGAGGCUUCCCUUCUUCUUCUUCUUCUGCGAUUGCUUCUUCCUCCUCCUCCUCCUCUGCCUCAUCCAGCCUUCAGGAGAAGGUGGCACAGUGGAGCUGCCCAGCAUGCACACUGCUCAACGACAUCAAGGCCAAGAACUGUGCAGCGUGCCACACGCCCCAGCAGUACCUCACCCUGCGCAAGGUGGUCAAGCCUCUGAAAAGGAGGGAGAGCAUGCAUGUAGAGGCCCGCCGGCGAAAUGACGAGGGCGAAGCCAAGGAGCUUUGGGAGAACAUCGUCAGCUUCUGCAGAGAGAACACUGUGAACUUUGUGGACGACAGUUUCCCACCGGGACCACGCUCUGUCGGCUUCCCAGAGGGCGACAGCGUCCAGCAGCGAAUCAAAAAGUGGCUCCGUCCGCACGAGAUCAACUGCAGCAACUUCAAAGACCGGGGAGUCAAGUGGUCCGUCUUCCGCACGCCGCGGCCUUCUGACAUCCUCCAAGGCCUGCUGGGAAACUGCUGGUUCCUGAGUGCACUGGCGGUGCUGGCGGAGCGUCCUGAGCUGGUGGAGAGGGUGAUGAUCACCAGGACAAUCUGCACCGAGGGGGCCUACCAGGUCCGGUUGUGUAAAGACGGGACGUGGACGACGGUGCUCGUAGAUGACAUGCUACCCUGUGACGACUAUGGCUACCUCCUGUUCUCUCAGGCCCAGAGGAAGCAGCUAUGGGUGGCUCUGAUUGAAAAGGCCCUGGCCAAACUCCACGGCUCAUACUUUGCCCUGCAGGCGGGGCGCGCCAUCGAGGGCCUGGCCACACUGACGGGUGCUCCGUGUGACUCCCUGAUGCUGCAGGUCAGCUCCACCAACCCUCGGGAGGAACCCAUCGACACGGACCUCAUCUGGGCCAAGAUGCUCAGCUCCAAAGAGGCGGGCUUUCUGAUGGGUGCAUCUUGUGGAGGAGGAAACAUGAAGGUAGAUGAUGUCGUCUAUGAGUCUCUGGGUCUGCGGCCUCGACACGCCUAUUCUGUCCUUGACGUACGAGACGUCCAGGGUUACAGGUUGUUACGGCUGCGUAACCCGUGGGGUCGCUUCUCGUGGAACGGUAGCUGGUCAGACGAGUGGACGGACUGGCCGCAGCACCUGCGUCACGAGCUGAUGGCUCACGGCAGCAGCGAGGGCGUCUUCUGGAUGGAGUACACAGACUUCAUAAAGUACUUUGACUCAGUGGACAUCUGCAAGAUCCACUCAGACUGGCAAGAGGUGAGACUGCAGGGCUGCUUUCCCAGCAAGGCGAGCGGGCCCGUCACCGUCACGGCACUCACCGUGCUGGAGCGGACGGCGUUGGAGUUUGCUCUCUUCCAGGAAGGAAGCAGGCGUUCAGACACGGCCGACAGCCACCUGCUGGACUUGUGCAUCAUGGUGUUCCGAGCGUCCUUCGGCAGCGGCAACAAGCUGACUCUUGGUCGCUUGUUGGCUCACAGCAAGCGAGCGGUGAAGAAGUUUGUGGGCUGUGAUGUGAUGCUAGAGCCGGGCGAGUACGCUGUCGUCUGCUGCGCCUUCAACCACUGGCAGAUGAACGUCAGCGGGACGGGAGGACCCCCCACGCCAAUCUCAAGCCCCACCAGUGGAGCAGCACGACGGCCAAGCCAGGAAUUUCCCGGCUACAUCCUGGCAAUUUACAGCUCCAGACAGGUGAUGGUGGAGCAGGUGGAGGCGACUGCCACCACGCUGGCCGAUGCCAUCAUCCUGCUCACAGAAAACAAAGGCGAAAGACACGAGGGCCGGGAGGGCAUGACGUGCUACUACCUGACCCACGGCUGGGCGGGGCUUAUUGUGGUGGUGGAGAACCGCCAUCCCAAAUACUACCUCCACGUCUCCUGUGACUGCACUGACAGCUUCAAUGUGGUGUCCACACGGGGAAGCCUCAAGACCAUCGACAGCGUGCCUCCUUUGCACAGGCAGGUGCUGGUGGUGCUGUCCCAGCUGGAAGGAAACGCCGGCUUCUCCAUCACCCACCGCCUGGCUCACCGCAAAGCAGCCCAGGCCUCGCUGGGAGACUGGACCCCCACCAAGGCCACACACAGCCCCCAGCUCACUCCAGACAUUGACGGCCUGCACAGACCACGGCCGCUAUGACCACUGCCCACGUCCUCGCACACACAGACGUUUUAGUCCAAUAAAGUGUCAGAGCACUGGAAACCGGGCGAGGGUUAUGAUACACACCUGAAUGUAAAGCACUAUGGAGAAUUUCUGUGCUGUAACGCACCAUAAAGUCUUCAUCCGACCUUGCAGGAUCUCUCCCUUGCCAAGUGGAUGUGCCAUGUCCGGAUGAAAUAAGGGAAGCAGGCAAAAGUAUUUUUCACACAGGAUCCAGUUUAGACUACUUAAACUUUUGGACAUUUUGGUACAAGCGCUGUACGUGGAACUGAUGUCAUCCCCUGCUCGGAAACAGGGUGGAAUGCCGUAACUACUGAGCCAUUUUCCGGCCCACAUUCUUUGAGCCAGCCUCCUGCAACGAUCAGACAUUUAACCCUAUAUUGUCCACAAAGUAGGAGACUUCAGGGGGAGUUUAUCUUGGUACUUAAAAUGAGCCAACUUGUAGUUUCACUCAAAUGUCGUCGUGGUUUUUUAUUAUUAUUUGAGAACACACACAUUGGUCUUACUUGUUGUUUGCGCCACCCUUGUUGCUGUCUUGUCCAUAUUUGGGGGUUUGAGGAAAUAGAAAAAGCCAUCGUUCAUAUUGUACUGUGUUGCAUCAUACUUCAUAUUGGGUGGAGUGGUGUCCAGCCCCUCUAGCUCAGGACCAAACCCAGGAUUUGUAAAGUUAACCAGGGUCAAGCUAGUCUUAAAGCUGAUGUUGCUCAGACUGCUGGAGUCACUGUGGUAAAGAGCAGUGUCAUUGUGAAAUACUGGCACAUAAUAAUAGAAUUCCCGCCUGCAUGGUUUGAUACACUAACAUUCAAUUGUUGCUUUCUUUCCCUACAGAGGAACAACCACUGUAGUGUUUUCUCCCCGUCCCCCUUUACUUUAAUUCAUCUUCACCUCACUUUGGGGUCUAAAUGCUGCAGGCGAGUCAUUACUUGACCAGGUUUGUGAUUUUCCCCCUCAGCACGCUGGAUUUACUCACACACUUUAUAUCUUUACUCAUAAAUCCACAUUUGGGGAGCAACUUUCCUGCCUCUAGACAUUAUAAAGCGUGAGUUAAUGCUGCAUGUUACGCUCUUGUUUUGGUACUUGAAGGUCAGAGAGUAUUUGUGUGUUCCUCACGCUUUCUACAGUUGUCGGUUUACACUUUGAGAGAGCAAUGGAGGAGCUGCUAGCUGUUUGAACACUCACUUUGCCAUGAGGGAGCUCUUAAGAGGAGCUGCUAAGUUAACUUAAGGAGGUCAGGGAUUUUUUUGUUUGUUUGUUUGCUCAAGUGCAGCAUGAGCAUCUGGGCCACCCUCCCAUAAGAAUACACCGACGGCACAUUAGCGACAGCAACGGCAUCCUUGUGUAAUAACAAAUUAGUGUUUAGUCAGACUGCGUGCUCACAUCAGGAGAAAGAAGGGACCCUUGAGACGUGUUGUGACACUGAAAGGAGUUUAGUCACUGUGCAGCGUUGUUUCAAAGGAUGGUCCUGUUUGCUUCUUGUUCUCCAGUGUCAAAAAAGCCAUUACUCCUCAUUCGCCUAAGAUCCAUCAGUCCACAACACAAAUGUUUUGUCAUGGAGAAAGGAACGUGGUACUAUUGAAGUGAGAUGAAGGGAGAGACUUGUCAAGGAAAUGCUGUCUAACUUUUAUGUGGAGAAAACUUGAAAGCUACCAUGAUAAAUUCCUGCAUUUCUCAUAUAGUGACUCACAUUUAAAAAAAAAAAAAAAGAAAUGCUAUUUUUUUUCAUUUUCAAUUCAAACAGUAUGAGGUGAUUCACAUCAGGACUUUAAGCUUGACUCAAGGUGAAGCAACCUUGAGUCUAACAAGUGCUGAAACAUGUCAUGUCACGAGUAUUGGCACUGUGUCCCCAUGUUUGCAGUCUUACUCACGAGCAAACCAACCAGAGCAGUUACUAUGAAAAAAAACAACUGAACAUAUGUUUUCCAAAGAGACAUAAAUGUCAAACGUCCACUGUCAGAAGUCCUCAGUUUGUGCAUCUUCACAGCCCAGCAGCUGUGUGACCUAGUUUAUAUGUCAAAGUGAUUUGCAGGUCUGUUUUGUCUGAAAAUUAUGGAAUACUGAAUGACAGAAAAAGGAAUGUGAUGUUUUGUGGAGUGAGUCUGAUGAGAAACCUGCACUGAAACACCUGCAGUGACAAAGCACCUCACACAUUCAGUGUCACUGCUGGAUCAUUUUACCUUUACACCAGAUAUUGUUUUUAUACUUUAAAUUUGUCAUAACUGUCAUUUUGGCUCUAGCUGGUGUCCUCUGAACCUUCCCCUCUUCUGUGAAGUAGUGUUGGUGACUCUUCUGUGUGUCAUGGGCGCCCCCUGCUGUUUGAAGAGGCUACAGUAAGAUGAAGAAAAAACAAAAAACUAGCUGGUCAUGGAUUGACCAGCCAACACACACAGCGCCUUCUCCCUCCUUUCUCCAGAGUCUGGUCCCUCGUUCUUCUUUGUAAAUUGUACAGACGGCAAACUUAAGCCACACAAAACUAUAGAAAAUGGAAAAAAAAGAACAACCCUUUUAAAAAUUGUAAAAAGAAAAGAAGACUAUGAUGGCAGAAACAAAAAAUACACCCUAUUGCUGAAAAAAUGGAACUCUUGAUGAAUGUGAUAUAUAUUUUAUUGAUCUUUUUUGGUGGGGGAACAUGAAUAUAUGUGUAUAAAAUAUGUAUGUUUAAUUUUCAAUCUCAGGUUCCAAUGGACCAAAUAAAUUUUUUUAAAUUAAAAAAA